AUGGGUCCAUCGAGCGUCAAAAGAGCAAUGAACACAAAAAGAUCGCCUUCAAGGAGAAGAAGGAGAAGAACGAGAAGAAGAAGCCCUCGGAAUGUCCCAACCACGACGAAUAAUCAAGACAACUCAUUGCUCGUUUCCUCGGCCGGACCCUCGUCCGAUGUAGAAUGUUCCACGCCGAAAGGCGAGAGGUUCCAAAUACCCGAGGCCGCGACAUGCCCUCCGGCGCCUAAGAAAAGUCGAGCCAUUGAGGGUUCUUUGAAGAGAACUUCCAUGGCUUUCUAUACCUCUCCGGAUAUCGAACUCUUCUUUCGCUUAGCUUUUCGUCGAAUUCCGUCGUGA